GGAAACGCUGGACCUGCUAGGUGUGCAGGCGGGUUGAGCAGUGAGAGGCUUCGGCGGCCAUGGCUCCUAACGCACCCGCGGCCGAAGAGGCCCGAAAGAGUCCUCAAGGCAUCCGGGCCGUGCUGCUGGGGCCGCCCGGGGCCGGCAAGGGUACCCAGGCACCCAAAUUGGCCGAAAACUUCUGUGUCUGCCAUUUGGCUACUGGGGACAUGCUGAGAGCCAUGGUGGCUUCUGGCUCAGAGCUGGGAAAAAAGCUGAAGGCGACUAUGGAUGCCGGGAAACUGGUGAGCGAUGAGAUGGUGGUGGAGCUCAUUGAGAAGAACUUGGAGACCCCUCCAUGCAAAAAUGGUUUUCUUCUAGAUGGCUUCCCUCGGACUGUGAGACAGGCUGAAAUGCUUGACGACCUCAUGGAGAAGAGGAAAGAGAAGCUUGAUUCUGUGAUUGAAUUCAGCGUCCCUGACUCUCUGCUGAUCCGGAGAAUCACGGGAAGGCUGAUUCACCCCCUGAGUGGCCGUUCCUACCACGAGGAGUUCAACCCCCCAAAGGAGCCCAUGAAAGAUGAUAUCACUGGGGAACCCUUGAUCCGCCGAUCGGAUGAUAAUGAGAAGGCCUUGAAAGUGCGCCUGGAGGCCUACCACACUCAGACCACACCCCUGGUGGAGUACUACCGCAAACGAGGGAUCCACUCGGCCAUCGACGCGUCCCAGACCCCUGACGUCGUGUUUGCGAGCAUCCUAGCAGCCUUCUCCAAAGCCACAUCCUAGUAGCAGAAGGCCAGGCGAGACUGCAGCACUGCUCAUCACCCCGCGGCGUGAUCCCUGCUCUUAGGUGCUGGGCAGCGGGGAGGGGUGGUCAGGGACGAGUCGGGAGGGGCUCAGGAGGAGUAUUGGAAGAGCAGCAGUGUUGUAGUGAAGUGGCUUCUUGGAUACAUAGUAGGGAUCUUUAAAAGUAAAGGGGAAAAUUAAUUUUUUAAAAAACUGAUUGGAGGGUAUAACGAGAACUGUGGAGAUGCAGUAUUAUUUCUAAGGAAUCAAGUUUCAUGUACUCUGGACUGGUGACAAUAUUUUUUAAAGCUAGUGCACUGAGACCUCAGCUUUUAUCUCAGAACCUCAAGGUUUACCAGGCUGGGAAUGCAGGAAAUCAAACUGUUGUCCUGUCUGUCCUGCAGCUUGGAACGGGGAGGGUUUGACUACUGACCCAGAUUCCCCACACCAUGAGAUCAAAAAAUCACCUCUGCAUUUGAAAGAGAUCCGGUGUGUUCACGGGGGCAGUAGUCAAGUUUACUGGAGUUGUGGCAAGGGUGGGGCAGGCUGGUCUCACUUCCUUCCCGCCGUACCACUGAUUUCCAGCCCACCCGCUCUCAUGGGGAAGCUCUCAGCAGCCAGCCAGCAUAUGCCACAGUCCUGCCUUGCCGCCUUCCAUCCACCAUGUGUAAAGGGACAUUUUUAAAUAAAUGACCAAGUGUCCUAAUCAACAUCAUCCAAAGAUUGUCCUUUCCAUCCUCAAAUCCUGUGCCUGGGAUCACUCAACAGCACUGUGAUGUACUGUUUUCAAUGAGGUGCCUUUCUUAACCAGAUGCUGCCUUGUUUGGCCCCUAACUCAAUAAAGUCUAUUAAAAAUUUGUA